AUGAUCUUAUUACUUCAAGUGGUACAUUUCAUCUUCUUUGCUUCAGUUUAUGGUGACUGUGUGACUAAGCUGUUCAAAGAUACCUGCUUUCAAGGAGGGGAUAUUGACACUGUUUUUACACCAAGUGCCAAAUUCUGCCAAAUGAUCUGCACCCAGCACCCACGGUGCUUGUUCUUCACAUUCAUGGCCGAGUCAGAGUCAAGAGAUCCUUCCCAGUGGUUUGCUUGUAUCCUGAAAGACAGUGUUACAGAAACACUACCAAAGAUAAAUAUGACAGGAGCGAUUUCUGGAUAUUCCUUCAAACAAUGCUCUCAUCAACUAAGUGCUUGCAACAAAGAUUUGUAUAUGGACCUAGACCUGAAGGGCAUGAACUAUAAUGGCUCUGUUGCUACCAGUGCUCUGGAAUGCCAAGAGCGAUGCACGGAUGACAUGCACUGUCACUUUUUCACAUAUGCAACAAGGCAUUUUCCCAGUGCAGCACAUCGUAAAAUUUGUCUGUUGAAGAAUUCCCAAACUGGGAUACCAAGCAGAAUAACAAAGCUCAAUAAUGUGGUAUCUGGAUUUUCCUUGAAAUCCUGUGCAUUGUCUAACCUGGCUUGCAUUAGGGACAUCUUCCCUGACACAGCAUUUGCAGACAAUAACAUUGACAGUGUUUUGACACCAGAUGCUUUUGUCUGUCGCCGCAUUUGUACUCAUCAUCCUAAUUGUUUAUUUUUUACUUUCUUUUCACAACAUUGGCCAAAAGAAUCUCAAAGACAUCUGUGUCUUCUUAAAACAUCUCAAAGUGGAUUACCAAGUACACGCAUUAAAAAGAACCACACCCUUUCUGGUUUUAGUCUCCAAACCUGCAGGCACAGUGUCCCAGUAUUCUGCCAUUCUUCCUUUUACCGUGACACUGACUUCUUGGGAGAAGAAUUGGACAUUAUUGAUGUGAAAGGUCAUGAAGCCUGCCAGAAAAUGUGCACCAAUGCCAUUCGCUGUCAGUUCUUUACCUAUUCCCCACCUCAAGAAUCUUGCAGUGAAAGAAAAGGCAAAUGUUACUUAAAACUUUCUUCAAAUGGAUCUCCAACUAAAAUACUUCAUGGAAGAGGAGGCAUCUCUGGAUACACAUUAAGGUUAUGCAAAAUGGAGAAUGAGUGUACAACUAGAAUAAAGCCCAGAAUUGUUGGAGGGACUGCAUCUGUUCGUGGUGAGUGGCCAUGGCAGGUAACUCUGCACAUCACCUCGCCCACUCAGAGACACCUGUGCGGGGGCUCCAUCAUCGGGAACCAGUGGAUCCUGACAGCCGCUCACUGUUUUGAUGAGGUAGAAACACCUAAAAUUCUACGUGUCUAUAGUGGCAUUAUAAAUCAAUCAGAAAUUAAUGAAACUACUGCUUUCUUUGGAGUUCAAAAAAUAAUAGUUCAUGAUCAAUAUAAAAUGGCAGAAAGUGGGUAUGAUAUUGCCUUGUUGAGACUGGAAUCUACUAUUAAUUACACAGAUUCUCAACGGCCUAUAUGCUUACCUUCCAAAGGAGACAGAAAUGUGAUGCAUACUGAAUGUUGGGUAACUGGCUGGGGAUACAGAGAAUUACAAGACAAAAUACAAAAUACUCUCCAGAAAGCCAAGAUUCCUUUGGUAUCAAAUGAAGAAUGCCAGACAAGGUACAGAGGGCAUAAAAUAACAAAUAAGAUGAUCUGUGCAGGAUAUAAAGAAGGAGGGAAGGAUGCGUGUAAGGGAGAUUCAGGGGGUCCCUUGUCCUGUAAAUACAAUGAAGUCUGGCACUUGGUGGGCAUCACAAGCUGGGGUGAAGGCUGUGGUCAAAGGGAGCGGCCAGGCAUUUACACCAAUGUGGACAAGUAUGUGGACUGGAUUUUGGAGAAAACUCAAGCAGUGUAG